GAGAAUCAUACAUUUACUUAGACCUCUUAUCCUCACACCUGCCACUGCCUUUGCCUCUCAAAUAUCCUCCACUCAAUCCUUAAUCCUUUCACUCCCCCUAAAACAUCCCACCCUCUCCCUCUUUUCCUCCCACUAUUCCCUUACCAUUUGAUCUCUUUACUAUACUGUUUUUCCUCUCCAUUUAUUACAGAAAUGGCUGCUGCAGUGAGUGCUGCAGUCUCUCUUCCUUCAUCAAAGUCUUCCUCUCUUGCUAGCAGAACCUCUAUCAUCUCCCCAGAAAAAGUCUGCUUCAACAAGGUGCCUUUGUACUAUAGAAAUGUGUCAUCUGGUGGGAAACUGGUGUCCAUUAGAGCUCAGGUAACUACUGAGGCUCCUGCCAAGGUUGAGAAGAUCUCCAAGAAACAGGAUGAGGGUAUAGUAACCAACAAGUUCAAGCCAAAAGAGCCUUACAUAGGGAGAUGCCUUCUUAACACCAAGAUCACUGGAGAUGAUGCCCCUGGUGAAACUUGGCACAUGGUCUUCAGUACUGAGGGGGAAGUCCCUUACAGAGAAGGACAAUCUAUUGGGGUUAUUGCUGAUGGAGUUGACGCGAAUGGGAAGCCUCACAAGUUGAGGUUGUACUCAAUUGCCAGCAGUGCCCUCGGUGACUUUGGAGACUCCAAGACUGUUUCUCUGUGUGUCAAAAGGCUUGUCUACACCAAUGACAAGGGUGAAAUCGUUAAAGGAGUUUGCUCGAACUUCUUAUGUGACUUGAAACCGGGAGCUGAAGUGAAGAUUACUGGACCUGUUGGGAAGGAGAUGCUCAUGCCCAAGGAUCCCAACGCCACUGUUGUAAUGCUUGCCACUGGAACUGGAAUAGCCCCUUUCCGCUCAUUCUUGUGGAAGAUGUUCUUCGAGAAGCACGAUGACUACAAGUUCAACGGCUUGGCGUGGCUUUUCUUGGGUGUUCCCACCAGCAGCUCUUUGCUCUACAAGGAGGAAUUCGAGAAGAUGCAGGAGAAGGCUCCCGAGAACUUCAGGCUGGACUUUGCGGUGAGCAGAGAGCAAACGAACGAGAAAGGCGAGAAAAUGUACAUCCAAACCCGAAUGGCGCAAUACGCGGAAGAGCUGUGGGAAUUGCUGAAGAAAGACAACACAUUUGUGUACAUGUGUGGACUUAAGGGCAUGGAGAAGGGAAUUGAUGACAUUAUGACCUCACUUGCUGCUAGAGAUGGCAUUGACUGGGCAGAAUACAAGAGAACACUGAAGAAGGCAGAGCAAUGGAACGUGGAAGUCUACUAAAUUUUUUGCUGUAAUGUACAAAUUUCCGGCCAUUGUCUUAUGUGCUUUUUCCUCUACUACAUCCAUGUAGAUAGAUCACAUAACAACUCUCCUUUGUAAUUUUGCAUUCCUAUAAAAUUUUCCUCUUCUCCAUCUAAUCUCCAUUCAUCAAAUAAUGUCUUCCCAGGCCUCUCAGGCAAGCGUUCACUUCAA